ACUUUAUGAUCGUACUCUGUGUCUUUCAUUUAUUUGCUGGCAUUUACUGAUGCCAACGGAAUGUUUUGUAAAAUCAAGAGCGGUAUAAAGAUAAAUGUUUAACUUCUGAUUUCCCCACAAAGAUUUUUUUAGGGUUAGUUAGUUAACCGCAGAUUAACUGUGUACUUUUGGAAAACAGCAUGAUAUGCAUGCUGAGUUUUGGUGCUGAUGUUUCACAGUAACGGAUUGUGAAUGGAACUACACGACGUGCUUGGUUCAGAUUCAAUGGGGAGUUAUCAGACCAUUCUUCUCUGCAGACUUUGUCUGAUAUUUAUUUUUACAGCGUUCGAGUUCUUUCUAGACCUUUUUAGCAUACCUGUGUAUCCAAGCUGCUCACGUCUGAACACAAAUGAAAGCAGGAACGAUUUUCAGCAUGAAAAAGAAUUCAGCAAUUUCUCCCAGCACAGACCAGCACAUCAGAGAAUGCAGACACCGUCCUCUGGGCUAAAUGGAAGCAUCCCAUUAGGAACGCUGAACGGAUCUCACUUGAUGGAUGUGAAGUGUGAUGAACAUCAUGUGAUUGCUUACGGCCAGACUAUGUUCAUGACCGGUCUUCUGCUCUGUUCAAUCGUUGGUGGGAUAAUAUCAGACAGGUAUGGCAGAAAAGGUCUACUCCUUGGCAGCGUCACCAUACAAGCAGUGCUGGGUCUGAUGUUGGCAUUUAUUCCUCAUGCCAUCUUUUAUCUGCUUACUCGCCUCCUGACUGGUAUGACUUGCUGUGGGAUCAUGAUCACAUCCUUUAGUUUAGUGGUGGAAUGGAGUGCACCUAAGCAUCGUGUCUGGCCACCAGCAAUUUUAUCCCUGGCCUUUAGCAUUGGAAUGAUGGUCUUCGCUGGUAUUGCUUUCAUAACAUCUGAUUGGCAACAGCUUCAUCUGGCAACUUCAGUCCCUCAGCUUGUGUGUUUGAUAUUUUACUGGUACAUCCCUGAAUCUCCAAGAUGGCUCCUGGCAAAUGCCAAUUUAGACAAUGUUAAAGAACUGUUGAAGAAAGCGGCCAAAGUCAAUGGGAUUUCAGAAGUGGACAUUGACUCCUUCUUGGUCGAAAACAACUACAAAGAACGUAAUGGUAUACAACACAACAUUCCAGCUAAUGCUUCCUCAGCGUUUAUGAAUUUCAGCUCUGGCAUAAUCAUUUUACGGCUGUUCGUCAUGAGUUACAUAAGCUUUGUAAUAGCACUGACAUACUAUGGUGUCUCUUUCAAUAUUGGAAGCUUUGGUGUCAACAUUUUCCUCGCCCAGUUUUUCUCUGGAUUGGUGGAAACGCCUCAGAUUGUGGUGCCCUGCCUCUUGGAGAGGUUUGGACGCAGAUGGGUUACCUGCAUUACCUUGUUGCUGACCGGAUGUUUGUGCUUGUUGUCGCUGCUAGUUUCUACUUUUAUUGAUAUGCCCUUUUUGAUCAUGGCUUUAGCUUUAUUGGGGAAGCUUUGUGUGCAGACUAGUUGCUUUGUGAGCACAUUAUACAACAUUGAACUAUUUCCUACUGUGAUCAGACAGAAGUGUAUUGGAUUUGUGGGACUUUGGUAUCGCAUCGGCAGUAUGCUUACAGGACUGGUCGCCCCAAAUGGCAGCAUUUCCUUGUCUUUUAUGAUCAGUUUUGGUAUCAUGCCAUUGCUCGGGGCAGUUUUGUGCCUAUUUUUGCCAGAGACGAAGUUCAGUGCUUUGCCAGACACUGUCCAGGAUUGUCAGCGGCAGCUGGGCCUGCUUUCGUGUUACAGAAGAAAAAACUCAACUGACAGCAAUGAGAGGAAUACAGAUCUGGCUUUAACCUGCAAUGAAGACAUCAGGAAUACAGGUCUGGAUUUAACCUGCAGUGAAGACACAGAACUCAAAAACUGCUGCAAACUGGAAUAAAAAGUCUUGCUACCAUUACCCAAGCACAUCUGCAUCUCAAAGGAAACAAGUGUAUAGNUUUUUUUAAAUGUAAAUAUGCAAUCCAAUUCACAUUUAGAAAGUGUCUUUCAGUUCAGGAGUCCAUCACGAAGCACUUCAAACACAAUCAACUAACGUUUCAUUUCCAAGGGUUGGUCAGACCUGCUUAUGAACAUUGCAGGAAAGAGACACAUUACCCUUGGAGCACUGCCGAUAAGUUAAGGUGUGAAAGAGAGUGGCAAUCAUUGGGUGAGGAUGAUCAGCAUGUUUGUUACUCUAGAUUCUCUAAGUCUGAAGGCUACAAUUUAAAUAAUACAUUGUUGUUAAAUGUC